AUGACGGGGGGAGAGCGCCUAGAUGAGGAUCCUUCUGGAGCAACCUGUCUCACAGACUCUGACUGUCACAGAUAUGCUCUGUGUCAGCUAGCCCAUGGCUGCCGUUGUCAGGUGUGGGGAGAGUGUGUGUUGGUCCGUGUGGCAGGACAGCCAUGCCACAGUAGUAGUCAGUGUGCCGUGGGACUCGUAUGCGGCGACGGGUCUAGCCGAGCUCGCAGCCGAUGUGUUCCCAGCACUCAUCUCGAAGACCUUCCAAGGUUUGCAGACCUACCAGAGCCUGAUGUCGGAACCCAUCCUGACAUUCCAGCAACCUAUGGAGGACCGCUGUUGGUAGCCUCCAUAAGCAUCUCUCUGGUGAUCCUCUGUUUGAUACUGGCGGCGUGGUGUCGUCUCACUGCCCCAACUAACCUCCAUCAGUUCCAACCUCGCUCAGAUGCAGAUCUCAACUCAUCCUCAAGUGUCCUUAUUGGCAUGAAUCACAUACAGCCUUGUUACUCAUCAACACACAUGUUUGUCCAGCCUCACCACUCUAAGGAGCACCAGUAGUCAACUUCAGCUUUCAAAUUAUUUAUAAUUUUAGUUAGAUUAUUUCCCAACUCCCCCAGCUUUAAAUGUUUUGUAUGGUGAAAUGAUAACAAUAAA